CGUGGGCAUUGGAUUGGAUAUAAUACAGUGCCAGUAGGUACACAUGCGAAAAACACAAAUUGACCAUGGCCGUUCAGGACACAGCCGUAGUCACGCCCCAGCAGCCAACGACAAGCCGCACCCGCGCGCCGUUGUCAGGACUGCAACAUGCUGCCAUCGGAUCUGCCUCUGGUAUCUUUGAAGUGUGUUGCCAGCAACCACUGCUCUCGAUCAAAAACUGCAUCCAGCAAAACCAACCCAUCUCGUUUCGGCCGUCGGUGCUGUAUCGCGGCGUGGGCAUCAUGUGUGCGUCGAUCGCACCCGUGUCUGGCGUCCAGUUCGCCGUGGACGGGAUGCUGUCGUCGUACCUCCAACGCCACCACGCAUCCCCCCCCGCUUCCAGCGACACCAGCCGCAUCGCCACGGCGUCGUUUGCAGGCGUGUGCUCGUCCUUGCUCAGUUCUCCCGCCGAGCUGGUCAUGACGUUGCAGCAACGCACAGGGCACACGAUGGUCCAAACCACUCGAGAAGUGGUGCAUUCUUUCGGGAUCACACGCCUCUACAAGGCACUGCCGUUGACCAUGGCCCGGGAAACGGUGUGGUGUGCGAGCUUCCUGGCGCUAGGUCCCGAAUUUGGCAAGAAAUUGCACGCCCAGUUCCCAGUAGUGUUUGGGUCAUUGCACGACGCAUCGUUGUCCCAGCUCACGGCAGCUUCGUUGGCCGGCAGCGUGGGCGCGGGACUCGUAGCCGUGUUGGCAACUCAACCUGUCGACACAAUCAAGACCAUUUUACAAGGCAAAGCCCUGGACAAAACCCCGUCGCAUACGCUCACAGAACUCCAAGCGCUGUGGCGCCAAGGCGGGCUACUACAUCUAUACAAGGGCACAGUGCCUCGAGGGUUGCGCCUUAUUGGCGCCGUGUUUAUCUUGAGCGAGACCAAAAAAGCAUUGGAAAACCAAGUAUACAAAUUCCAAGAGGAUUAUCGACCCGCGACGUUUCUGUAAACCGAACGAUCUUGCUAUAUACAUACAGUGCUGGCCCCCGUUCUUAUCUGAGAUUAAUUUUGUCCAAUAAAACGUAGAGACUUGCGGAA